CCGGCUCCGUCGCAGUUCCGGCUUAGGCGUCCGCAGUUUUGUUGUUGUUGUUGUUGUUGACGUAGUUUCCCAACCCUGCGGCUCGCUCUCCCAGUUCGGACUCCAAAAUGGGGAAGUCUUUCGCCAAUUUCAUGUGCAAGAAGGACUUCCAUCCCGCUUCUAAGUCCAACAUCAAGAAGGUAUGGAUGGCAGAACAGAAAAUAUCAUAUGAUAAAAAGAAACAAGAAGAAUUAAUGCAACAAUACCUUAAGGAACAAGAAUCAUAUGAUAACAGAUUGCUUAUGGGAGAUGAGCGUGUAAAGAAUGGCCUCAAUUUCAUGUAUGAGGCCCCACCAGGAGUUAAAAAAGAAAACAAAGAGAAAGAAGAAACAGAAGGAGAAACAGAGUACAAAUUUGAAUGGCAGAAAGGAGCACCACGAGAAAAAUAUGCCAAAGAUGAUAUGAACAUCAGAGAUCAGCCUUUUGGUAUUCAGGUUCGAAAUGUGAGGUGUAUUAAAUGUCACAAGUGGGGUCAUGUCAACACAGACCGAGAGUGUCCCUUGUUUGGGCUUUCUGGAAUCAAUGCAAGUUCAGUUCCCACUGACGGCUCAGGGCCAUCGAUGCACCCCUCGGAGCUAAUAGCGGAGAUGAGAAACAGUGGGUUUGCACUGAAACGAAAUGUACUGGGGAGAAACUUGACCGCAAAUGAUCCAUCACAGGAAUAUGUUGCAAGUGAGGGUGAAGAAGAUCCAGAAGUUGAAUUCUUAAAAUCACUAACAACCAAACAAAAACAGAAACUUCUCAGUUUAUUAUUUUUUUCCAACUUCAGGAAAUUGGAUAGACUCGAAAAGAAAAAGAAUAAAAAGAAAAAGGAUAAGAAAAAGAAAAAGUUACAGAAAAGCAAAAGUAAACACAAAAAACAUAAAACCAGAGUCUCUUCCUCUUCCUCCUCCUCAACGGAGACUUCAGAAAGCAGCAGUGAGAGUGACAGUAAAGAAAAGAAAACAGAAAAGAAGAAGAAAAAGAAAAACAAAUGUUCAGGAAAUAAUGGCAGUGACUCUGAAGAGGAAGCAUCUAAAAAGAGAAAACUUUAUGAAGAACAUUCUAGCAGUCACAAUAACAAGGAAAAAUUGAAGCCUCUAAAACAAGAGUAUUCUGGAGAGAGUAGCAAACCGGGCCAUUCUGAUUUUGACAGGAAGAGUGGGAGCCGUCAUCACAGUGCAGAGAAGAGGGGCUCUGAAAGAAAUGAGGGACGCCGGAGCCAUUGCAGGGACGAAAGGAGGAGGAGAAGCCGAAGCAGGAGCCCUGGUAGUUCUAAGCAAAGGGAGACACGGCAUCGGCCACGGUGGAGCCCCAGUGAAGAGUGGAGAAGAAGAAAGGAUACCAGAAGCCAUGGCCCAGAGGUGCACAGAGAAGGGAUGUCCCACCAGCACUAGGGAGAGGAGCACACAACUGUGCAAAAAGAGAUGCAGAAGUGGCAGGGGACUAAAGAGAGCAAGUGUAACUUUUUCCUGAGAGGAAUAAUAUCAACAUUUUCUUACUGGAUAUCUUCAGCAAGGGCUAAAUUACAUACUAUUAUUGUAUUUCUAAUAAAAACUGUCUUAAUAGCC